CGAUUUUCAAGACCCCUUUCACAAUCAAUCAAAAUCUUCUAGAGAUUUGAUGAUGCGAUGAAGCCCCACCAGAGUUACGGAGUUAAGUCUUAUUUCCAGGAAACUGGUGAGGUAGACCAAGUCCGUGUAACUACGGUUCGACUUGCCGUGCUUCUGUCAAUGUCAUGUGAUACAGUCCUGCCAGGCUGAGAUAUAAAACUCCAUGAACCUGUUUGUUUGACGAGCCUUGGUCAUUUCGCCUUUACGGUCGCCAGCUUUGCAAACUAGUUCCUCUUUUUCUCCAAAGGAUAAGAAAAACCAAUCGUUUUGUAGAGCUAUAACUGUUCCACCGAGAUGGUCGCGACCCUCCCAUUCGGCGACCUGCAGGUCCCUAUUCCCGGCUAUGGCGCCAUGGGCCUCAACAGCAGCUUAGGGACUGAUUUCAACUACGAGCAAUCCGAACCAGUUCUUCUGAAAGCCAUCGAGCUCGGCUGUACAUUUUGGGAUACCGCAGUAGCCUACAAAAAUGGCGAAAACGAGAAGCUGCUCGGAGAGUUCGUCAGAAGGCACAAUGUCCGCGAUAAGCUUUUUGUUGCUUCUAAGUGUGGUUUUGACGUCUUUGGACCUGAGCGCAAAGUGGACAACUCCGCUGCGCAUAUCAAGCGAUACAUCGACGGAACGAUCGACAGGCUUGGUUUCACGCCUGAUCUCUACUAUCUCCACCGAAUUGAUCCCAACACGCCCCUCGAGGAAUCCAUUGGUGCCCUAGAUGAGCUUCGCCGCGCCGGGAAAACAAAAUACAUUGGUCUAUCCGAAUGCUCGGCUGAAACCCUGCGCAGGGCAAACGCAAUUGCCAAGAUUGACGCCGUUCAAGCCGAGUACUCUGCUUUUGAAACCUGCCACGAGAGCAGCGGCCUGAUCAAGGCGGCUAAAGAAUUAGGAGUGGCCUUUGUGGCAUUCAGCCCUCUGGGUCAUGGCUGGCUCGUGGAUGACUUCAAGUUCAAGUCACCUGAUGACUUCGCACAAACUGACUUCCGACGCACUGUCCCAAAGUUUCAGGGCGAGAACUUUUACAAGAACAAGGCAAUCGUCGACUUAAUCAGAAAGCUGGCAACUCGCAAGGGCUGCUCGGUCGCGCAGAUCGCUCUAGCCUGGGUGGCUGCGCAAGGGUUAAUCUCUAUUCCAGGAACAACCCGUGCCUCCCGCUUGGAAGAGAACUGGGCAUCACGUAACAUUGAACUAACGGCAGACGAGCUGGACGAGAUGCGGCAGAUUGUGGAUGCUGCCAAACCUGUCGGAGAGAGAUUCAAUGAAUUUUUUCAAUCGAUGGUUGGUCAUUAGAGGUUGAUGCAAAGGUCCGAUAGUUAGGUGGAAGGUGACUGUUGUUCUGGUUAGUCAUAGUCUCGUGCCGUUGACUGUUCUCCCUAACUACAAGAUUAAGGCUGUAAUAAAUCUAUGGUUCCCAAUGAAACCGUCG